AUGUCGUCGCAGACCAUGACGGCGCCAGCAGUGGGCCAUCGACCGCCUGAUUCAGGCCCCGAUACGCCCAUGCACGACUAUGGCUACUCACAGAACUCCCCGUCGUCUCCUACCGCCUCAAGGAGCGCCUCCGCAACCCGCGACAUGCAUAAUUCUGCCCCAGCCUCCAACUCCAAGGGCUUGCCCGCCACCCCAAUCGGAAUCAAGUCAGAGCCUUCCGACUCCCAGGACCCCAAUGCUCCCGAUCACCAGAAGGACCUCAACACCCAAUCCGCCGCCGGCGCCCUGCUCGCCCAACUCCUCGGGAAUCCUUCCGCGCCGAAUUCUUCAGAUGCGACUGGACAAUUGCCCGGGCAACAAUUAGAACACCAGGAUGUUAAAAUGGACGGCUCGAAUGGCUUUUCGAUGGUGGACCAGUCCGACCAAACCAACUUUGCGCUGGAUGCCAGCCUACCGCAGGAUUCAACCUCGGUAUCAAGGGGGAUGAUGUCUGAGCCCAGUGAUUCCAACGCCGGAAAAUCCAACGCCGAUAUCUUGGCCGAGAUCGAUGCGACGACGCAACAGGGAGGAAUCAGUGCGGCACACCGUCCAUCCGGCGCAAUGGAUACUCUCUCCGAUCCUAUGAAUCCCAAGUCGAACCUGGAACCGUCCCUACUCCCUCCCUUCGAUUUCGCCGCAGCCCCCAAGAAUGCGUUCGAAGCCCUCCAGCAGAACGAGCUGCUCACGGCUGCCUACCUCUCACAAGGAGCCGAUCUUUCGGCCCUGGGAUAUCAGGAUGGAUCGGCCUCGAUAGCCGGGUCAGAGCCUCGGAUUCAAGCGUUUGCCAAACUCGAGUUUGACGAUGGCCAUUUCUACGUCAACACAUACUCGUUCAUUCUAGGGCGUGACGUCCGGGCCGCGCGCGCCGCCCACCAGCGAGAGAUCCAGUUUCGGCAGGCCGUGCGGAGCUCUCGGGCAAAGAGUUCAAGUGGCGGCAAUAAUUCGCAGACGCCCAACCGCAUGAAGCGGGAGGAAAGUGCCGCCAUGAUGGGCAGCGUGGUCAGCGACCGUGGUGGUAUUAUGGGAUUUGAUCCGGAUGUACCCCCGCAUCUACCAGCCAACCUUAACAUCAGCAGGAGGUCAUCAAAAUCUUCCGUUGAUGAUUCUGCGGCACCUUUGAAUGCCAACCCGGCGCAAUUGCAAACUACCACUGUGACCGAUUAUAAUGCUCUAGCCAUGCAAUCUCUUCAACCAGAAAACAACGGUGAUGCGAAACCCGUCGAUGCCCUGGCUCUGCUACCGUCUCCUGAUUCCUGCCCUACAAUCCCCAUUCACCCUCCGUCGACGAUCGACGGCACUGCCGCCGGUCACCGGGGAAUUUCCCGUCGACAUGUGCGUAUUGCUUACAACUUUGACCGCAAUCUUUUUGAGAUGGAAGUCAUGGGUCGCAAUGGUGCUUUUAUCGGCGCCGACUGGCUUUCUCCUGGGCAGGUUCGCCCGUUGCACAGCGGAGAUUACAUCCAGAUCGGUGGAGUGCGCAUUCGAUUCCUGCUUCCCGAUGUGCCCAUCGGCGAAACUGGUGCAGAUAGGAUGGAAGAACAGCAGCAACUUCCAGAAGAGGAGGAUGUCGAUGCUACUGCCGACGUCGAUCUUGACGCUGCUCACGACAUCGAUGCUGAGCACGAGAUUGAUGACAUGGACAAGCCUAUGAGCGACAGCCCGGACAGUAAGGAGCCUUCCAAGGCGACCAAGAUUGUUCUCAAGAACAAAGAUCAAGAUCCGACAAAGCCUGUACCGUCAAUCGAGUCCGGCGGGGACAAAGGUGAACAACCGGCCCGCCGUCGUGGGCCUGGGCGACCUCCUAAGGAUGGUAUCAUGUCCAAACGCGAAAGAGCCGAACUGGCUCGAGAACAAAAGCUGGCUGCCAAGCGCGAAGCCAACGGCGGUGUUACUCCACCACCAGCAAAUCGGCCUCCCAAGGCUGGCAAGACCACAUCAACAGCGCCAACGACCAAGGAAUCGGUUGGUGCCGAAUCACCAACCUCCAGCAAACCUGCGGAAAAACGGAAGUAUACCAAGAGGAAGAAGGGCGAUGGUACUCCGAUGGACUUCCCCUUGCCUUCCACGGAAGGUGGCCAGUUUUCUGCCGAGCAACCUCCAGAGGAAUAUGUCAAACCUCCACCGGUCAAGAAACGCAAGCCGUCUCGCUCACCCUCUCCCAACUACCCUCCGGAGUCUGCUUAUUCGCCCGAGGAUCUGGCCAAACCUCCUUACAACUAUGCUGUUCUCAUUUUCGAUGCUCUCACCGAAGCUCGCACGCCGAUGACGCUGAAGCAAAUUUACCGUGCAUUGAAGCUCAAAUACCCCUACUUCCGCUUCAAGUGUGAGACCGAAGGAUGGACAUCCAGUGUACGACACAACCUCAAUGGCAAUGGGCAUCUGUUCAUGCAUGCGGAACGAGAUGGCAAGGGAUGGUCAUGGCAACUCCGACCUGGCGCAUCUGUUGAGAAGGAGAAAAAGAGACGUCCUUCGCCUCCGCCGCCCCAGGCGCCCCCGGCACCUCCUCAACAGUACAUGCCUCCCAUGCCCCAUUCGUAUGCUCCUCCUUCCGGCGCUCCAGCACCGAUGCCAAACCAGCAUCAGCAUCAACAGCAACAGCACUUCCAAUUCCCUUCGAUGCCGUCCAAUUUCUCUGCGCCAUCAUCUACUUCUCAACACUCCAGUCCCUAUCCUCUUCCUUCUACGGCAGCUCCUCCUGCCUCAACCCCUGCUGCUGCUGCUGCUCCUCCUCCCCCUGCUGCUGCUGCUGCUGCUGCUGCUGCUCCUACGGCGCCGAUGCCUGCGUCGGCACCGGCUCCUACCCCGGCUUCUGCAUCGGCAGCCCCGGCCCCAGCUCCAGUUCAAGCAUCUGCACCGGCUCCAGCUCCUGCCCCGGCUUCAGUUCCAGCCUCGGCGCCUCCGCCAGUUUCUGCUCCUGCACCAGCGCCUGCUUCGGCUCCUACAGCUGCGCCUACGCCUACGCCGGCCCCUGUGCCUGCUCCAGCCUCUUUCCCAAUUCCAAGCACUAUUCGAAACAAUCUUCCUGCAGCUUUUGCUCAGACGAUUCCCUCUACCUACACCUCACCUUACGCCUCCAACCCUCCACCGCAGGCGGCACCAGCACGGCCCUCACAGACACCACAGCCUAGUCAGGGACCGCCGCCGCAGCAUCAUCAGCCGCCACUUCAGCAGCAGCAUCAAUCUCCAUACGCACCUACCAAACCUCCUCCUUCUCAACCACCACCCAUCAACUCCCACCAAGGAUACCCCCCUCCACCAGGACCAUCGUACCAACCCCAGCAUCAACAUCAGCAACCGCAGCCACAUCCGCCGCAGACUCAUCAUGUGGCCCCUCAGCACCACCAGGCACAGCAGCCGCGCCCACCACCGCCCGGACCUCAGGGCCAUCCGCAGCACCCGCAGCAGCAUCAACAGCAGCCGCUUCCUGCACAGCCGAACCCCGCGCCACCCGGGCCCCCGGAAUCAUCCUCCUUCAAUGAACGCGCGAACAAAGCCAUCGAUGAUUUCGAGGCGGUGCUCAUGGAGGAUUACGAGGACAAGAACUAUAUUCGGGAAGUUCUCCGAAGCGCACGCGCUCGGGUUCUAGGCAAUGCCACCGAGAGUUCCUUCCGCGGCGGCGAACCCCCGGACGAAGGGGUCAUCAUGGAUGUUCUGCGCAACCUGGUUGGAAGCCUCAAUGACGAGUAA